AUGACGAUGAGGAGGAAGAGGAUGGACCGCGUGCUUCGUCGUCAAGGAGCCAACCUGAAAUGCGGGAGGUGUCCAAAGACACGACUCGUGUGGUUCAUCGACUACCUCGGGAAGGGAAAACAAAUGGACGUAAAACGUCACGCGUCAAUCUGCGUUCACCCGGUCUCGCUUCUCACCGUUUUGCACGAAAUGCGCGGCAUGAUCAAUACGCCAGUAGUAGUGAAGAUGAGGGCAACAAGGGAACAAAGCGUAUUGCUUCGAGUCCCUUGACGCCGCGUCCUGCUCGUAGACAACCAGCACAUCCGGACGAUGAAGAAGAAGGACUAUCAGGAUCAGACAGAUCCCUUACACCCGUACCUUCCCCCUCUCCUGCUCGGAUACGCCGAAAACGCUCUGCCUUCACGAUGCCUGGUGCCCUGUAUGACCGAACCUCAUCACUCGAACCUACACCCGAACCAGACUUUGAAAGAACGCGAGUUGUCAGAUUUGCAUCUGAGGUGUCCGUCUCGCCUUCUCGAAGGUUAUCGGAAACUCCACGCCCAGCGCAUCAAAUUGAAGAAAUGGAAGCGGGUCCAUCUUCUGGCCGUCGGCAAAGUUCAAACCCUGAACAACGUGCACAAGACUUGUUCCCUGCUGAAGAAUCUUCAGAGAAUGAAGAAGGACCGUCAUCUUCGCCUACGAAGCGACCUUCUCGUGGCAUGGGCAGGUUUGUACAAGAAGCAGUUCGUCAAAGAUCUGCAGACAAGAACCCGGACGUUUCACUGUUACUUCCUCAAUCUCCCGCUCCUGCAACUUGGUCGUCUCCCAACAAGGGAAAAGGCAAGGCGCCUGUCCUUCCCGAAGCCGAAGUAAUUAAUGUAGAUGAUUCCGAGGAAGAGUCAAGUUCGGAGGAUGAACACAAUCGUUCCUCCCGAGCUGAUAUAUCCGUCACGACAAGGGUGAAGGGAAAGGAACGGGAGCUUCACACUGCGAGACGACAAGAAAGGGAAUCUCGAUCACUCGCGAAUGACGAUGAAAGAACGCGGGAUAAAGAGAGGAUCCGGAUCCUAGAAGAGGAACUCAGGAAACUCCGGGAAGAGCUGGCAAGGAGACCUGUUGUUACUCAAUCCAAUAUCGCUCCACCACCGCCACCGCCUCCCCCACCUCCAGUCUUUUCACGUCCGCAAACGAUGAAUCAACAAGAACAAACGUUCGCUGAUGUUCGUGCUUCUCUUCGACACGCCGGGACACCUGUCGAGAAACCAAUUAACCCAGCUGCAUAUGGUGGACCUUCCGUUCGAAAGGGCCAACCAACGAUCGUCGGAGCUGACAUGAUGGCUGCGUUCUUAACUGAAAUGAAAACACAUAGGCUGCGGAAAAUCGGAAAUGCUGAUGAAACGUCUACGAUGCCGUCGUCCUCGUCGCGUUCGCAG